UCCUCUUUGUUGGGAAAAACACACCCACACACAACUCCUCCUAGCUCAGGCCUGUGCUGGAAGCAGAAACCGAAUUCUCCUGGCUUGCCGAGAGGAGACCGGCGUCCUGCACCCGCCCCAGGGCGUUGGGCAGAGACCCCGAAGACUCGGUCCUCUGGCUUGGUCCAAUCCCGUCUCGGGAAGCGCCUUCAUUACCUGCUUCUCGGCUCCCCACGGCCACAGAUGCAGGACAGCCGCCUCCCACCGGGGGAGGGAAGCCCAGGCCGCCGCAGCCGCCGCUGCCCGCCCUCCUUCCCUCCCUCCCUCUGUCUCGUCCUCCCUCCCUCUCUCCCUCCCUCGCGCGCCACUGCUCCCGGGCCCUCCCGCGGGCAACCUGUUCUGGACCAAAUCCAGUUGGCGGCCUCUGGUCACACGUCCUGGACACGGCUCUGCAGCUGCAGAGGUGUGCGGGGCCUGCUGCCUCGCCCACGCAGACCGCCGCGCUCUGCGCUCUGCGUGCUCCACACUCUGGGCCGCCGCCCUCCGGCCGCCCAAAUACCAAACAGACCUCAAGGUCCUUCCUACAGGCUCAGCAUCCGGUUGCCUACCUCGCCGCUGGCCUCCGCCCGAGAGCCCACUCCGCUCCCGUCUGCGGCCAAAGUCCACACGCAAUUCACCUUGUCCGUGCUCCCGCUCCCGGCUCGGAUACCCCUCCUUGUCAAGGCGCCCGCCAAACCGCACUCGGGCUGCGGCCCUGCCCCGGACUGCAAACCUCCCCUGCACGGACCCACACAAAGCCCAGUGACCUGACUCUCCCACCCUCAGCCCCUAGUCCCCAGCCGCCACCACCCUUCACCUGUUCCUGAGAAAGGCUCCAUCUCCAAGCCCAGGCAAGGCUGUGGGCCCCGGCGGAGGGUGCAAGGGAGCUGAGGUCCCAGGCAAACCACAGAAGAUCCACCGAUCCAAGCCAGAGCCCCCGCAGCCAGUGAGAUAUCUCAGACACGAAGCCUCUCCUUGGCGAGCUCUUUCCUUCUCCUCCUUCUCCCGCAAGUCUUAAACACUCUCACACCGAGAGUUCAGCUCUAUAAAUCCUGCUCCUCUUUCCCAUAUCAUAAUUAAAAAAAACCAGUAGGGGAGGUUUUAACUUUUAUUGCGAUUUCUGGAGUUGGGCUGCAGAGCAUAUAUUAAGUUUACGCUUAUGCGCUCUCGGCGGGGAGGGUCCUUUAAGAAAUAA